GAGAAGAAGAAGAAGAAGAAGAAGAAGAAGUGCACGUUAGGUUAGAUCCAGAAUGGAGGUGAAGGUUGACGCGUAAUAAUGAGCGAAUAACGUGUUCGAUUGAGACUAAUCAAGUGUCAGUUUUGAGACAGUGAUUUAUUCCCAAAUAUCACGACAUCAAGAGAAUCUGUCGCGGAAUAGGGGGUUUCAUCACAGUAAGAUCUGUAAACAUGUCCUUAAAACUGACCACUCAAGCGUACUGUAAGAUGCUGCUACAUGCAGCUAAAUACCCUCACUGCGCCGUAAACGGGCUGCUGGUGGCUGAGAAACACAAAAAGAAGGACAGCCCUAGAGACUCCGUGUUGUGCGUGGAUUGUGUACCUCUGUUCCAUGGGGCUUUGGCGUUAGCCCCCAUGCUGGAGGUGGCACUCACAUUGAUUGAUACAUGGUGCAAAGAGAACAAGUAUGUCAUUGCUGGCUAUUAUCAAGCAAAUGAGCGUAUAAGGGAAGCCAGACCUAACCAGGUGGCUGAGAAGGUCGCUGCCAGAAUCUCAGAAAACUUCAGUGAGGCUGCAAUGAUCAUGUUGGACAACAGCAGAUUCAACAUGGAGUGUUUUGUGCCUGUUCUCUUCAUCUAUGAUCAUCAUGAUAACAAGUGGAAGUGCAGAGAGCCAAGCACUGACUGCUUUGAGGAUUGGAUAGAGGCACAGAAGAUCACAGCGGCUCUUCUAGAAAGCAAAUCAUACGAGAGUCUCGUAGACUUCGACAACCAUCUGGAUGACUUACGAAAUGACUGGACCAACCCUGAGAUCAAUAAAUCUGUCUUACAUCUAUGCUGAAGCCAUCUAGAGAUCCUGUCCACCUAACCAAACCAUCAGUACUUAAAUAGGAAGCAUAUCUGGUCAUGGCUGGAUAUUUAGUACUGUAUGUGACAUACUCUCUCACUGAGCAGAAAGAUUUACAAACUGAAAUGGAUCAUUGUAAGUGCUGCAUCCUCAUGUUUGAAAACACUGAGGUGACUCCAGGAAAUCUGAUGUCAAAUAGGUUUUAUACCCAUUUUCAUGCGAUCAUUUGUAUAAGACUCAAUUGUACAGUUUUGAAUGUUUUCGGAAUAGUUUUAUUCAACUUAACUACCCCCCCCCCACACCUUUUUUCUUGGCAAGAAUCUUUAGUUUCAAUUAAAGGUAUGGUUAUUUACUUUUCUUAACUACUUGAAUUGCUAAAAUGAAAAUAUUUUACUUCAGUUUAGAAAUUAAUAUUUUGAUUUAUAAGAUAAGAGAUUGCUUUUAUGCUUGGAGGAGACCAAUUAUGAUUUGGUAGUGGUGGAAGAAUAAAUAUUUUUUUGACUUAGAUUUUUUCAGUAAAUAAAGGAUUAGACUUUAGGUAUGAGACCUUUAUGAUUGUGUAAAGUUUUAUAAAAAUGAAUAAAAAAUAAACAUUCUUGCUUUUCAAAAUGACUUCAAAAAGCAAAAUGUAAUUGAAACACUCCAUCAUAUAGGGAAACAGUAUAUUAAAGCAGUAUACCAGGGCUAUUUAAAUCUUGCCCUGGAGUGCCAGUGCACUGCCGAGUUUAGCUCCAACCCUGAUCAAACAUUCCUGAGCCUGUUAAUCAAUGUCUUUGGAAUCAUCAGGAAAUCACAGGUAGGUGGGUUUGAUCAGGGUUGGAGCUAAACUCUACAGUGCACUGGCCCUCCAGGGCAAGAAAAAAAAAAAGAAAAUAAAAUUUGAUCAAAAUUUCAUGGUUUGAAAAUAAAAUAAAAACAUUAAACUUUGUGUUUGAAGAAGUCUGACUUAAGUUUAACAGUAAAUGUUAUGUAUGAACUACCUGCAUGAACAUAAGCAGAGCUGAGAAGUAACUGAUAACAAAAGAUAAGUAUUUUUAAAUACAUAGUAGUUACAUAACACUCAGAUAGCUGUGAAAUACUGUCUUUAUCAUAUCCAGUGACCAUGUAUUGUGGAUUUAAAUCUGGACAAAAAAUAUUUAAAAUCUGGUACUUACGGUAACUAUUUUAAGUUAAUAUGUUCGCAUGUUCACAGUUCUAUGAUGGUCAUAAGAAAAAUAAAAGGUAAAUACAGUAGUAUCUUAUUUUGAUACUUUUUUUUGUUUUUAUUUUAUUUUUUUGUUUAUUUUUUUUUAUGCUUUUCAUCAACUUGCGAACCCCCUGCAGUAUCCCUUCGCAAUAUCCAGUUUGAGAAACCCUGAUGCAAUAUGUCGUUAAUAACAAAGAAUGGAAUGUAUUUUCUUUGUGUUUUUAUUUUUCAAUCAACAAGGUACAGAGCAAUUCCAUUCAGUUUUAUGUGAUAAACAAAUAGGGUCAUAAAGUAUAUAAAAGUAUUAAAAAGGUGUCAGAUUGUAUUACCUAAAAUGUGUUAUCUAAUAGAUUAUUAACUACAAUUUUCAUUACAUAAUUUGUCAUCAGUAAUGGACUACAAAUUCUACAUAAUCUGCCCAGCAUUGAACAUAAGGGAACUGGUUUGAUAUAUCCAGAAGGAAAAAUAAUUAUGGGAAAGUUAAAUGUACCAGUAGAAAUUAAAAAAAAAAAAAAAAAUCAGUAGCAAAUGAUUUGGAGUGCCAGUAGAAAUGUCUAAAGAAAAGGAUAAGAAUAACAUUUCAGUGGCAAAUGUCACUUUCCACACCAAAGUGGCUUUAGUAAUGGCUGUAUGGAUGUACUUUGCUGCAUGUUUUUACAAAUCAAGUGCAGACUAGAGUGUUGUCAAAAGACUCUUUACUUCGGUACCAAGUUGGUACUAAAAAAAUUAAAAUGUAAUGGUACAAUAAUUUUUUUUAAGUACCGGUCCACUUUGUUCUUGAUGCGCUAUUCAAAAGGAGCAUAGAUGCGCUUUCUUAAAAGCACUGAGACGUAGCCACAUUAAAAGGAGGAAACACACCAAACAAAGACAGACACCCAAAAUCAAAUGGAAGAGUUCUAGCAAGUUAGUUUUAUGGUUUCCCACACAUUCAUUUAUUUGUGGUGCCCGCCACAAUAUCAAAACUGCCGCAACAAAUAUUUUCCAAAAGGCUUUGAAUUUGUUGAAUAAACAUGAGCACUGCAUGUGACAAAAGACGAAACCUGGUGCAGGUGUUUUAUAUCACUUGUAUUUCUGAAGGAAUCCGACCAUCUUUAGAAAUUAUGAAUUUCAUUUUCAUUUCAUCUUGCUUGUAAUGCCUGAGCAGAGUUAGUGAGCGCAGACUCAGCGCUUAUUUGAUUACAGCUAUUAAAGCACCUCCUGCUGAUGCCAGCCAUGGUUUAUUGGUA